AUGAUGUCCUGUCAGCAAAGUUGUUCUGACUCUGGAUCUGGAUCUGAGUCUGAUGUCAAGAGUCCAGAAAAGUACGAGAGCACCACAAGGAGAAGGAUGGCAGCCAACGCCCGUGAGAGAAAGAGGAUGCAGGGCUUGAACACAGCCUUCGAUCGGCUCCGUAAAGUGGUCCCUCAAUGGGGUGAGGACAAGAAACUAUCCAAGUAUGAGACGCUGCAGAUGGCCCUCAGCUAUAUCAUGGCCCUCAAUCGGAUCCUGACGGAUGCGAGCAGGCACACUGCCCCCCACAGGCAGUGGCUGGAUCUCCAGUUUGACUGCGUCCAGCCUGAGAACUAUCCUUGCCUUAUGAGGUACAGCUCUCCAGAUGAACAUGAAUAUAUGCACUCUUCAUUUCCCUACCAGUGUGAUGGCCUCCAAGUGCCAUCCUGA